UAUGAGGAACUCCAGGAUACCGCUGGAAGGCACAAUGAUGAUGUUCGUAAUGCCAAGCAUGAGAUUUCAGAACUUAACCGACAUGUCCAGAAACUGAAGGCUGAAAUUGAAGGUGUGAAAAAGCAGUGUGCUAACCUAAAGGGGAAGAUUGCUGAAGCAGAAGACCAAGGUGAACUGGCACUCAAAGACGCAAAGCAGAAAUUGGCUGAACUGGAGGAUGCCCUUCAGAAAACCAAGCAAGAGAUGGCCAGGCAACUCAAGGAAUACCAACAGCUAAUGAAUGUGAAGCUCUCCCUGGAUAUUGAGAUUGCUACCUACAGAAAGCUCCUGGAAGGAGAAGAAUAUCGAUUGGCAAAUGAUGCAGCAGAUGCAGUGAACAUCU